AUGUCGACCACCACCUCUCACUCUGCUCUUUUGAGCCCUCUUGCGAUCGGGCCUCUGACCCUUCGCAACAGGGUUAUCAUGUCUGCACUCACCCGCUCCCGCUCAGCUCCUACUAACGUUCCCAACGAAGUCAACCUCGAACACUACGUUCAGCGUGCACGUGGAGGUGCAGGAUUGAUCGUCACCGAGGGUGUGCUUAUCGAACAACAAGGCACGGAGUGGCAGAACGCGCCUGGUAUCUGGAGUCAAGAACAAGUAGCCGCCUGGAAGAAGAUCACCUCUGCAGUUCAUGCUGAGGGCGGUUUGAUUUUCGCUCAGUUGUGGCAUCUGGGACGUAUCUCGCACCCUGAUGCUCCUGAGCAGAAAGCUGCGGGAAAGCCUGUGUAUGCUCCAUCCGCCAUUUCUGCUCGAGGUGGCAAGUUCCGAUUCAUCCCUGGUGAACCUGGAUAUGUUACACCCACCGCUAUCGAUGAUCCCCGAGUUCUGAUUGAACAGUACAAGAAAGCAGCUAUUAAUGCCAAGGAAGCCGGCUUUGACGGCGUUGAAUUGCACGGCGCCAACGGUUAUCUCGUCCAUCAGUUCCUUGACUCUACCUCUAACCUUCGCACGGACUCGUGGGGUGGUUCUGUUGAAAACCGCUCUCGUUUCGGUCUCGAAAUCCUCAAAGAACUCGUAUCCGUCUUUGGAAAUAAGAGAGUUGGCAUUAAGUUGAGCCCUGCUGGUGGAUAUAAUGAUGUGGGUAUGCCGUUGCAAGAUACCCUCGAUACUUUCAACUAUUUCAUCUCUGAAGCCGAUAAACUGGAUCUGGCGUACUUCUGCCUGGCGAGAUACCUCGCUAUGCUGGACCCGACGUUCGAUGGUAAGUCGCGUAAGACUCGUGCUACUCAACACGACGUACUCGCGUCCUACCGCCAAUCCAUCAAGAAGUCACUUUUGAUUCUGAAUGCUGGCCUCACUCCCGACGAGGCAGAAGCUCUCAUCUCGUCCAAGCAAAUCGACGCAGCUGUCUUUGGAAUGCUGUUUAUCAGCCACCCUGAUUUACCGAAGCGAAUCGCCCACGGCAUCCCUCUUGAUAAUCAGGUUGAUUUCACGACGUUGUAUAGUGGUGGACCUCAGGCUACUUUAGAGGAGUUGAGGAAAGGAUAUAACGAUUACCCGGAGGCUACUUAUAAUAACUAG